GUUAUUAACACACACUUGCUAUCAAUGUAGUAUUUGUUACGUUUAUUUUGAGAUAAAAGUUUUAUAUCAGCAUUGCUAUUACAAAACAACAGCAACCAUCAGAUCGUUAGUGUAUCUCGAAUUUUUGACAUCGUAACUCACAAAAAUGGUUGUCUUUAGCGCUCGUGGUUUAAUGCCACCAGUUUUCACUCCUCUUAACAAUGACCACACAAUAAACUAUACAGUAAUACCUGACUAUGCUAAAUACCUCGCAAAUGCUGGCAUCAAAUCUGUACUUGUUGGUGGCACAACUGGUGAGCACAUGUCUCUAAGUGUUGGUGACAGGAAAAAAGUGAUAGAUGCCUGGGUGAAGGUGGCUAAGACCACUGGUCUUCAUAUACAAGUUCAAGUUGGUGGCGCCCCAAUGUCAGAUGUCUUGGAUUUGGCUUCAUAUUGCCAAAAGGUAGGAGCAGAUUCGCUUCUAACUUUACCCGAGUUGUACUUCAAACCGGAUAGUGUAGACUCUCUGGUGGAUUACGUAGAGCUGGUGGCCAAUGCCGCGCCCAAUCUACCCCUACUUUACUACCAUAUACCCAGCAUGAGCAAAGUGGAAAUCAACAUGCCCGCGUUUGUUAAAAAGGCAACAGAACGUAUUCCUAGCUUCAAGGGCAUUAAGUUCACGUCAAACGACUUGAGCGAAGGUGCUCAAGUGUUAAGAGCGCUGAAGAAUGGCCAAGAAAUGUUCCUAGGAGCUGAUACUUUGAUCGCUCCGGCGGCAUUACUGGGUAUCAAGUCUAGUAUUGGCACCACCUGGAACUUGUUCCCGAGACUAGCUCAGGAUAUACUGGACGCGGUGGAGAGGAACGACAUCGCCAAAGCGAGGUCUUUGCAGGAGAAACUCAGUUUAGCGAUUGAAGCACAUACGGUUGAAGGUCCAUGGGUACCUAUAAUGAAAGCUGGUAUGGAAAUAGUUUCCGGAAUAAAAGUCGGUCCGCCAUCAUUGCCACAGAAACCGAUUUCUGAAGAAGCGAGGAAAAGAAUCGAAACUAGAUUAAGGAAACUCGAAAUUAUUAACUAAAGGCAAGGCAUUGUUGAUAAUAAAUGUGAAAU